AGUGGCUAUGCUACCUAAUAAAACAAUAUCGCAUCGUUUGUGAACUUCCCGCUUGAGGUUAGGAACUACUAGAUACUAGUAAUAUACGAGAUAUACGAACGUAAGCGGCGGGAAUACAUACAGCUUCUAUAGGACCAGUAUACGACCCCCUGGGUAAUACCUGAUAGCGGAUUGGUCCUUUGGAGCACCUUUUUAAAUGUGACUCGGAAUGAAUUCUGCAGCAUAGAAGAAAUUUAGAGGCUUAGUACCCCUCAGUAUAUGCGCUUCAACUCCCUAUAAUAGGCUAGAAUUUGAAGCCAUCUCUCCGGAAACUUUGGGGCCGAGCCGCUGUACUGCCGCAACAUUGCUACCUUCUGGGUUGGGGAUGGUGGAUUUCUCGAAUCGGGAGCGCUAUUGUCGUCCCCAUGAUGCACGUGGUGAAUCAAUAUAGCCAUUUUACGAAAUGCUUCCAAGUACGCCACCGGCCAAUAUAUCCAUCUAGGAAGGUCAUUGAAUGCAUCUCAACUUUGAGCGCAUCAGCGGUAUAAUGUCUAGUAGUAAAAUUAUCGAAAAGCCUCGGUUGAGCUGGCAGCCAGUGGUAUAUAAGACUAGAUGUCAACUAGUCAAAAUGGCAUUCCAUGAGGCACAUAUGACUACUAGCAACGGUGUAAUUAAAAGAGACAAACUUGUUAAUUCCUGCAGCGUUGGUUAGCCCGUAUCGUCAACAGCACCAUGAAGUUUUCGUCCCCGCUUGUCUCUGCCGUGUUGGUGGCGUCAGUGGCCGCCCGCCCGUUGACCUUAGACUAUUCCGAGAGUACCAUUGCGAAACUCAAGCAGCAGCAAUCCGGGAGUAAAGCAUCCGGUAUUCGAGGGCGCCAAUCGGCCGGCACGACGGAGAAUGAAUUCCUAGAUGGUGGUUGUCGAGAUGUUAUCUUCAUCUACGCUCGUGGUACUACCCAGGAUGGCAAUAUUGGCGAUGAUCCAGGGCCGCAAACCGUAGACCAGCUCAAAGCAGCAUUAGGCGCAGACGUUGUGGCCGCGCAGGGCGUUGACUACCCAGCACUGCUAAUCGACAAUCUCCGAGAUGGCGGUUGCGACCCCGAAGAUGCAGACAACAUGCGAGCGCUGAUCACGAAAGCAGCCACGCAAUGUCCUUCAUCGAAACUCGUCGUGUCGGGCUAUAGCCAAGGAGCUGCCCUGGUGCACCGAUCGGUCGAGUCUGCGUCGACUAGUGUUAAAAACCUCAUUUACGCAGCCGUGACAUUUGGAGACACGCAAAAAGCGCAGGACGGAGGGCAGGUCCCGAAUUUCGAUGCGAGCAAAACUCUGAUCCUGUGUCACGACGGUGAUAAGGUCUGCGAGGGAACACUAAUUGUGACGGACGCCCAUCAUGAAUAUCAUGACCUAGCCCCUGAUGCAGUAGAUUUUAUUGUGAGCAAGGUCCAAUAGUUCUUCCGAUUUCAUUUGAAGCAAGAAAUAUUACUACUGCUGGCGUGCUGUUGAAAUAUUGAAACGGAUGUAUCCUCGUUUACGCAGCUAGGUAUCUGCUGCGUACUUAGGUACAUAGGGAGAUAGGGGUGUAUAUAGGGGAAUAAUUUUAACGAAGUAUCACGGGCAAACAAGAACCAAUUUUGCAAUACUUUGAGAUUGAAAAAUUUCACUUAGUAUGCUACGUAUCGCUUUGAACUUGACCUUUCGUUCCUGA